GCAAAGUGUGAAACAGCUGACGGUUAAUCAUGUAAAAGUGUAAAGACUAAAGUAGAGAAUAACUUAUUUAAUGACUAUUUUCGUUAUGCAUAGCCAACGAAACGAAUAAAGAUAAACAUUACUUCACUACAUUAGUGGAGUUCACGACGGAGCGACGUAAUGUCGUGCCAACUUAACACAGUUGCGUCCUGCUCGUGUAUGCGUGAAGUCAAGGAGUGCCUUUUCCCCGACUUGAUUGAUGAGAAUGACGUAUCUGAGACAGAUAAUUCUGACUGGGAGGAUUGGAUGAAAGAAGGUAGAGAGGACAGUAGAGCUGCAAGAAGACACUGCAGCCGCCAGAAACCUAAGCCUCAAUCAUGGUUCCAAGAUAGCAUCAUUUCCCUGUCUCCCAGUAAAGAUCUUCUAGUGUUUGGUUAUAGAGACACUGUGGCAUUUCUAGCAGCAAAAUGGGAUGAACAAGAAAGUAGAGGAAUAAGUUUGAAAUUUAAUAUAGUCUGGUCAGGAGUCCUUGCUUUAGAGGAAAAGUCAUCGCAUGGCAGCCCUGAUUGGACGUGUGUCAUCGUAGGAUUUUCUUCAGGAUAUGUUAGAAUCUAUACUGAAACGGGAGCCCUGCUACUGUCGCAGUUGCUACAUGAAGAGCCAGUGCAGAGGUUAAAAUGCAGAACCCAUGAGCCCCGUAGGCACGCAGGCAUACCAGAACAGGUGGAGGAGUUAACUAUAUUGUAUCCCAAGGCAUUGGUUGUAAUAGAGGGAUUCAGUCUAUACCAAGCACUGCGAGCAUGCAGGAACCAAGUUGCUAAAGCUGCUGCCAGUGGGUCUGAGUUCCACCAGCUGUCCCCUCUUACGUACAAGAAGUGGGGGCUCAAUGAUCAGGACGUUGUUAAUGAUUAUGUCAGCUGUGGCCUCAUCGCCGUGAAUGAGUUCAACCAGCUGCGCUCGACGUCGCUGCUCGGCGGACACGACGCGGCGGCGCGGCCCUCGGCGGCGGCGGCCUCGCUCUACGUCGCGACGGGUGUCGCCCCCUACGUGGGCUUCUUCUACGCGGUGGACGGCGGCGGCCCUCCGAUGCUGUCCGACGUCGCGAUGGCGGUCGCAAGCAAGCUGCGCACGGCGCUGCGCAACCAGGUGUCGAGCGCGGGCAGCCGCUACCUCGGGGGCUGGCUCGGCAUCGGCAAGAAGUCGCCGACCGACGAGCAGCAGCCGCCGCCGAGGAUCGAGCCGGCGACGCAACUGCCGAUCAGUAUUUGCAGUGACAAGAAUAGUAGGAGGGCUAGGGAUCUUUACCUACUGAAGGAAUUAAAGUCCCUAAUUAAGGACAACAUAACAAAUUCGGAUGACCUUCAGCGGGACAUCGUGACAAAGUUGUCGGUGAUUCGUACGGCUGGCAUCCGGCAGCAGGGUCUUGAACGAGUGUUGACAGUGCGCUACAUGGACCACGACUCCCUGGAUGACAUCCUCAGCAGCAUGCUGAGGCAGCUCGAUUCACACGAGAUUGCUGCUGGAGCCGUGGAGGAGAAGAUUCUGCACCACUACUGCCAUCUGCACCAGCAGCUGCUGCGCACAUACAGGCUACUGUGUCUGCUGAGCGAGGGCGCCACAGUACACACACAGGACAGCCCUAACAACACUUCUGAGUCGCUCUCGGCCCUACUGAACGCGCCAGUAUCAGAAGUUGAGGAGGCCAUGUCGGCGCUGAGUGGUUACAGGGCGACACGUACUGGUGUGAGGGUGAGCUUCAUGGACAAAUCCAGCAUGAACGUCACGCAGUUCUUGAAGUGUUUUCAUGGCAAUCCUAGUAGCCAUGACAACGUCAACAUGGAGAUACUCCCGAUUAUGUUGAAUAAGGAGGUCUCAGUCGAAGGACAACUUGAGCUUGGUGCUUUUCUGUAUGAGCAAGCCUUGGCUGGGAAAUGUUCAGUCAUCAGCCUUCAGGAAGCCUUGCAGAAAAGCGGCAUUCAACCAGAAAACCUCUUUACACUCCUAGUGAACUACUGGCUUUCAAAGGAAGACUGGAACUUUACAGCAACUGAGUACCUGUACGCAAUCUUGAAGCAUCUGUGCUCAAUGCAAGGGCAAGAGGAUGCAGGUGGUUUUUCUGACUGGUGGCGCAUCAUGAGGACAGCCUGCAGCAGGACAACAAACAUAGCGAGUGCUCUUCCGGCGGCUCUGGUUGGCAGGAGUGUGUCUAAUCUCGUCGAAGGAGCAUUAACAAAGCCAUUCAAUAGCAUCCCGCCACCUGGUGAGCAGCCGAAGAGUGACAGCGAGUGGCUGGACGUGUCUUCGGAUAACGAGUUGUGGAGCCUGUUGCUACGGCAACUGCACAAUCUGCUGUUCCUCUGCACAGUGUUUCGGAGCAAGCCACAUCUGGAAGAGAGAGCGGAGCCUGUUAGCCUACCAGAGAUCCUGUUGUCUGUUGAUGGGGUGCUACAUAGUGGUAGAGGUGCAAUAACGGAGCUGGUGGCUAAGUGGGUAGCAAAGGUCGGUGCUACGGCUAAGGCUGUCAGUGUUGCAUUGAGAGGGAGCAUGGACGCAAGUCUGAGUGAAUCACAGGUCGAAACGAGACAGGACUCGAUGUCGAUGGAUCAAGAUGCAGCCGAGCAACAGACGGACGAAACACUAACUAACCAGGAGGACAGCAUAUCAGCAUUAUUGGGUAGAACGAUGCUGAGGUUCCCACACAGUCUUGCUCAUGACAUGGUGUUGGCAAACUGCUGCUGGGAGUAUGUCGUACAGUGGAACAAGGACCUAGAGGCAGUUGUCUAUGUAAUGCAGGCAAUUGAGCAUCUAAAGUUGGUACGAAAUGGCAUCUUGCAGCAUGGUGUCGGCGCGAUGGUAUGGCACACGUUUUUCCAAGAGAAGUUCAAAGCUGCUGCAUAUCUCAUUGACAAGGUGGGGAAGGCUCCAAAAGAUCGGCUAUGCAGAAAGGAGCUUGGUAUCAGCGACCAUAGAAGUUUAAGAGAUGUGAUUGGCCAAUGUUGUGUCUUACUGGACAUCAUAAGAGAGAGUCAAGCAGUAAAGGACAACUAUGCCGAACCAGAGACUGACGUCGAUAUGGAAGAGAUUCCUGUCUACGGCGUCGUCGAAGAUGCGUGGAUGGACUGCCAGGGUCCGACGCCGCUCGUCGAGCUAGCUAUCGAUCAGCGUCCCACCAACUACGACCUCGUGUCUCACCACCAUCAACUCGCGACGGUGCUACACGCCAUACUUGUCUACGAACUGAAGUCUGUCAGACCCCUGUCGUUGUACGACUCAAAGGGAAAGAAUGCAUUGUUUACUGAUCUGCACACACAUCCAGUAAUGCCAUACCCAGAAGUUGAUGCUACCGUUACUGAUCAACGACUGCAGUUUUUAAGCAAGCUGAUCUCAGCAGCAGUUCGAGCACUCCCCACUAAAGCUCCUCAAGAUGGCGCCACCGUAAGCGUUCCUGCAGCAUACGACAUGAUGGAUGUGGAUACCGGGGUGACACAGAGCAAAGGCGACGACGACGACGCACCGCCAUCGUCGCGCGGCGGCCGCAGCAGCAAGGCGGCGGCGACGCUGGCACGGCUGGACGCGUCGCAGUGGUACGGCGCGGCGAUGGUGCUCACACAGGCGUGGCUGGGCGUGGACGUCGAUGCGCUGCGGCGGCAGCACGUGAGGGAGCUGUACUGCAGCGGCUACGACAGACUCGCUGAGGAGGUGCUGCUUACUGUCAGCGACCACUCCGAGAUGGGGUCACAGCUACUUAGAGUGGCUGGACAGAGGUUGGCACAUGCUAUGCUUCAAGGCUCUUCCAUUUCCAAUUACGUUUCACAUUGCUCGACGAAGCUGAUCUCCUGGCUGUCCAGUAUGGACUACACGUCACUGCGCGUGGCAGACGUGCCCUGCGAAGACACAGCCAUUCUCGUCAGUCACGUGAUCAAUCAGCUUCCAGAGACACACGAGGAGUAUGACCUAGCAGUAGAACUUGUGGAAGUCGUGCACUCAUGAAGCGUGCUGCCAUCUAUGCAAAGAAAGCAAAACCGCACGAUGUUGGCAAGGUGCCAUGUUCAAGCUGCGUUUGUGCCCUGCGUCUGCGGGUCGUAUAUAAGUCACAUUUCAAGGUGUAGCUUACCUGUGCGUGCUUUAGUGCGUGACGUACGAUGUCCGUUCUUAAAGUGCGCUUCUUUGAGCUGUUUAGGAGCAGCAACAGCUUCCCAGCUGUUCAGAACCAAUGUAGUUACAAAGCUUGUGAACGGUUGUUCUUUUCUUGCCGACGCACUUCUCUGGAAUUCUGCUGUUAACAAAACUAUGAAAGCACAUGGUGCAGAGAUUAAUUAGGAAUAUAUAUGUAAUACGCAGUUUACACGAUUUAACACAUCUGCAUGCUUUACUUGCGUUUACUGAAAAGUAUAUUUAGUAAUCGAAUACAUGUGAUACCCAGUGUUCAUGUUUCAUUUGCUUACAGUAAAACAGCAGCUUGAUAUUGGUUAUAAUAUGUAUAGAAUUUUAUCUGCAGGAGGUUUUUAGAUAUUUAUCUCGUUCGCUACCUAUAUGAGUCUUAUGCACUGGAAAAAACGAUACGUAUAUUAAGAAAAUUUGUCCAUGUAAAGUUGCGUUGCGGUUUGUAUAGCGAUAGCGGUGCAUGUAAAAGCCUUAUAUAAAAUGAAAAUGAUAGUAUUAAAUUAAUAAAUGUUAAAUGAAAAUAAAUUAAUCACUUUCAGAAUGUUUUAGGAAAGAUAAUAAUUUAUACUAUAUCUCAUAGAACUAUGAUCAUACAUAUUGUCAAACCUGCAUGCAGGAUUUGGAAAUUUGACCAAGUUGAGUUGAUGUAAAUGCAAAAAAAAUAAUAUUUUUAUUCUCGUUU